GGAAGGUGGCAACGUGAAUAUCUCGGAUCCAUAACCGAUCUGGAUGUUUCGAAUAAUGCUUAAUGAUUGUUAAGCGGAUAUACAAACCCAUUGCUACUAGAAAUCGUCAGAGGUGUGUUGUAUCUGUGCCCAUUUCUCACUGAUGUAACCUCGUGUCGUUUCUUCAACCGUUCGACAAGUAAAAUCGAGGUUUAGCUCUAGUUUUAUUUGGCAUUACCGACGGAGACUUAACUCGGUACUCUCAUAAUAAUCCACGAGCAUAAAGAUAAGGUGUUAGUCAGUAUGUAAUCAGAAGAAAAGGAAAUCAACAGCAGUUUGAUAAUAUGAAGAUGUGAAUCAGCUUAAAUUUCCUAGUGAUAUAGGUUUUCAAGUAUCAAGAUAGAAUAGAUUUCUGGGAAAUUUUGUGAAGAUAAUAAAGUAUAACAAAGAAGAGAACAUUGAAGACAAAGUUCAAAUCGAAGAUGACACGGAAAGCGUUGAAAAACAUUGCUACAGGAUGUAGAACCGCUCAUAGGUGAAAAUCGUUCCAAUGUUUUUCCUCCAGGAUGCCUGAGAAGGAAUCGGAUGGUUGCGCACAAGAUGAAAGACAGGCACGGUCGAUUGCAUUAGAGAAGGCAUACGUUCACGAUGUAUAUGAUCAGAUAGCACCGCAUUUUACUGACAACAAAUAUCAAGCUUGGCCUCGGGUCAAACAGUUUUUGUUGGACUUGGAACCGGGAAGCAUUGUUGUCGAUAUCGGUUGCGGGAAUGGAAAAUAUCUGGACAUUAAUCACGAAGUAUACAAAAUCGGUUCUGACAGAUGCGCUCCUAUGACCCACACGGCCAGGCGUCGCCGAUACGAAGUGCUAAUUUCGGAUAAUCUGCAUUUACCAUUUAGAGACGAAUCGUUCGAUGCCGCAUUAUCGGUGGCCGUGGUCCAUCAUUUUGCCACCACAGAAAGAAGAAUCCAAGCUUUACAAGAGCUAGCCAGGAUCCUGAGGAUAGGUGGUAGAGUUAUGAUAACUGUAUGGGCUAUGGAACAACGGCAUAGAAAGUUUGAAUCUCAAGACGUUCUAGUACCUUGGUAUCGACCAGACAAAAGCAGCAGUGAUGAUCGUGGAUCGUCGGCAGAAAAAGACUUGACAAGUACUACAACUAGUGACGACGAUAUUCUUAUAUAUCAAGCCUAUUCGCACACAUCUGAUAGUGAUAUCAAUAGCACUCCUGUUUCUCAACCAGUAAAUAAACGAUUAGCUCAGAGAAGGCAGCUAUUUAGUAAUGCCAGGGGUCGUUAUCAAGGACGUAGCUUCGAGGCCCCUUGUAAUCAGAAUACUACCGAGAUGUCAUCUUCGGGAGAAACUUGUUAUAAUUUCUUGCGAAGAGCUUUGCAGAAAUUAUCGAAUCCCGGUGCUUCUUACAUUCGUAGACAGUCUUAUUUUUAUCGUAAAUGUAGGACCUCUUGGUUUUCUGAUAGUCAGGACUCUGAUCCCGGCGAGAAUGGUCACAUUGAACUCAGACAUUUAGAAGAGGAACCAACUGUCAUGGAUACUAGUCCACCAGCUCCGGCUCAAACAGAGUUCAGUCCUACGGCUCACAGAUUCAAAUCGUUAGGAGAUUUGUUUCAAAUAAUUCCCAAUAUCUUAAGACCGAAAAAAUCUCCAGUGGAUCAAGAAGAGCAUCGAGAAAAGAGAGUUUCUACGGCAAGUGAUCCAAGAGAAUAUGCAAGAAAGCCUGGACCUGCAUUAAAUGGAAUCGUAAGGUCUCGUUCCACCGCUUGCUGUAUGUUUCAAUACGAGGAAUUUGAAAGAAGUGAAGAAGAAAAAGUAGUAGUAGCCUCAAAUUCACUAACCUCUUCUGAUAUUGCCAAUGGAAAUGUCAUUAUAGUGGAUCAAAAUUCCACUCAAACUGUCGAUUCUCCUACUGACGAAGAAAAAGAAGAAUCAAAUGUGCCCAGUUUGGUGGAGACUUCUAAUCAAGAGCAAACUUCAAACUUGGUAGAAAAAUCCACCGAUACAUAUGGGCAGUUAAUGCCAGAAUCUCCACCUAGUCACGAUGAAGAAGAAGAGGAACGACUGGUCAGCUAUUGGUCAAUGCCUGAACUACGUUUUUUGUCGAAAUCAUCAACUAUGGAAGAACCUGUUGAGAUUAAAGCUGAAGCCAAUCAACUCAAUGAAGUUGAAAAAACUUCUUCAGAAUGGAAAUCGAAUCAAGAAGAAAAUUCUGAUUUUAACAUUUCCGAUAAAAUGGCUGAAGACGAAAAAUCAAAAUUACUCCGAAAUGGUUUUGUAAAAAGAAGUUUAAGCAUAGAUAUCAACGUUCCGAAAAUGAAUGGCGACCAACGACAGUUUUCUUCAUCUGCAGAUGAUAAUAAAGAACAUCAAUCUCCUUCAUGCACUCCUCGAUGGAAUAGCUUGAAGAGCGACGUGGAAGAAACAGUAUCCGUUGUCCAGUGGAAAGGACAAAGUCUUCAGAGUGAUACGAGCGUGGAAAGUGACGAAAGUAUUAUUUCUGUUAUAUACCGUAGUCCUAGUGAAUUAGAAGCUUUGGCAGGAAGAACUAGGAGAACGAGUCGCUCUCUUCAAGCCUCUCCUCUGACGAUAACAUCCAGAGGAGGUUCUGUCGAAGCUAACUCGGAUUCAGGUGAAACAGGAAUCAAACUUUUGUCUAAAUACUUAGAUGCCGAAUGCACAGAAGUGAGAGAGAUAUUACAGGAUAUUAAACCAAUUGGAUGGAAAAACAAAAUUGAUGGAGAAUUACUGAAAAGCAGGCGAUCUCGUUCCACUAGCGUAGAUCUAGACUUUCGUCACGAAUCUAGUGUAGCGAGUUCGAAAGACUUGAGAAGAUCUUCACUACCCUGUCCUAUGUACGUGAGGAAAUCGCUAGAAAUUGAAGAAGAAGAAGAAGACGAAGAUUCCAAAAAUGAUACGGUAGAAGUAUUUACUACCAAAGAAGAUGAAGAAAGUGUUUCCUCAAAAUCCGUUACCUUUCGUAGAUUAUGUCGCUCAGAACCAGUUGAUCUUUCAGAAGAUGAACUUGACAAUCUUCCAGAUGAUGGAGAAAACGCACAAGAUGACGCUAAGGAUAAUGAAAUAUUUGAUUUGAAGACAAUGAUUUCUCAAACAAAAUCUGUACCAAAGAUGGAAGGAAAUAAAACGGUUAAAAAACCGGUAGGCAUUCUGAAGCACUGUUGUCGUGCAAGUAGUUUAGAAGAGCAGAGCACCAAACGCGUUCGAUUACCAAGAAGAUCUCUAAGUGACGCUAGUGACCCAUUGUCUCCGAUAAAAGAGCUAAAGUCUUUUCGAGUACGUCUGUGUGUGGAUGAAAGACCUCGAGGGGGAGGAAGCGUACCCAGAUGGAAUCCGACUCUAAUUUGGCAAUUUUCACCUGGUAUCGCGGAAUUAGAAAGUAAUGAUGAAAGGCAUGAAGAAUCAGAUGACGACAUGCCCAUUCAUCAGAAGUUAAUAGAAAAUAGUACGCAUGAAGAAGAAGAAAAAGAUCUUUCAGUGCGAAAAUCUUUGAAACAGCAGUCUUCGGAAGAAAAUGAUACAUCCAGUAUACAAUUUUCACGUCAAUCUUCUACGACUUCGGAAGAUUGCUCUGACUUGCACCGCCAGCAUUUUGCAGACGAUGAAAGAAGAUCAUCUUCCGAGCAUUCUAGAAAUACUAAAGAAAUCAUUCACGAAGACAGCUCGGAUCAUGAUUAUUCUCUUCCCACACACGACAUCUUUAAUCGUUCUGAUUCAUCCGACAGAAAAAGCUCUUUUGUCCGAGAAUCGUCAGAAGAACAAAAUCCAGAAGAAUCGUUUGAGCACGAUGUUUCCAGUGUGACAGCUUCUAUUGGAUCAAAAGACACCGAAGAAGAUCUCCCCGCAUCUAAUCAUUUGUGCCAGUUAUCGGAAGGUCAGAGAGAAAAACGACAUAGUAGAUCAACAGAUGAAUCUGAUGUUGAUUUAAUGCAGACAAGCUUUACUUCAAUUCCAGAAAACAGCUUCGGAAAGCUAGAAAUCCUCCCUGUUGCUAACACAGAUGAGAUGUAUGACGUAAUGGAAUGGACUUCCCGAAAUUGUGAUCACACAGAUCAACCAAGCAGCUUGAGUAGAAACACUUCUCAAUCUUUAUCAACAUCGCAGGAAAGUUUGGCAGGCAACGAUGCCGGUGGUCCUAUGACUUAUCAUCGGUAUUAUCAUGUUUUUCGAGAGGGUGAAUUAGAUCAUUUGAUUGAAACUCACGUAGAAAAUCUUCACAUCAUUUCUUCCUAUUACGAUCAUUCUAAUUGGUGUGUUGUAGCGGAAAAAGUACAAGUUUGGACGAUAUAAAUUAACGAGGAUAAAGAUUUCAGAUUUUGAUAAAAAUUUCCUCUUAAUGGCUACGAUACGAGCCAUUUGUGAACUCCCUUGUAAAAUUUUCUAUAUAAACAAUCUUAUCCAUAAAGAAUAGGUGAGUAAAUAUCAUUGUGUAUAAUAAAUAUCAAGAAUUUAUAUUUUGAAUCUAUGGAAUAGCGAAAGAGGAACUCGAGCAGGGACCAAGAUAUGCGGCUGAUGAAAAGUGAUGCAUGGUCUUUAUAGCUCCUGUCUUUAAAUGAAAUUUCGUCUUCCUUCUUCAAGAAUAUAACAGGUACAUUAUUUGCCAUCGAUUCUAUCGUCGAAGAUUAUUUCUCUAAUACUUUGCUUUUCAGGAUAAUUUAUAUUUUCAAAUGGCCUUAACAAUUAUCCUGAGAAAAAAAAAUCCCGCGAGUUAUAAGAAUUUCAUAGUUAUCAAAUAGUCCGGAAGAUCUCGAAAGAAAUCGAAGCAGAACUUCCAUCUUUUGUUAUUAUUAUUCAGAAAAUUGCCACGUCCAGAUGAGAAAUAAAAUAAAAAUAAAAUAAAUGAUCUUCCGAAGGCAUUCGAGCUCAAUGGAAAAAAAAAGACUCAUUCUCUAUUCUUCCAAAUAAGAAUUAAUUUUUGUAAUUCUUCAAAGGUCUUUUUAAACUCAAAUCUUCAUCGUUAUAAAGUUAUAUAUUUGAAUGUAUAAUAAAAACCUUAUGAUCAUCAAUUUUGGUGUUGUGGCCUUUACAUUCCUGUUUGCCACUUGGCAUGCAAGAAAAAAAUUCUUUUUUCCAGUGCCACGAAGAAAUGAAAACCCGAAUAAGGUUAACGUCGUGAUUGACCUGUUAUUUCUUCGUCUUGGCUUAUCAACAUUAAAAUAUUAUUUAAUUUGAACAACGAAUUUUUUACAAUUUGAAUAAAAAUAAAAGAUAAUUUUUGUCUCGUUAAUUAGUCGUUCGAAUAUUUCUUUUUCACGAAUCAUUUGCAUUUCGUGACAAAAAUAUUUAGUUAUAUUCAAACUUA